UCCCUACCGUUGCGAAUGUUGUUGCCUCGACCCACCUAUCGUGUUCAACCAGUAUUUAUAGUCCCAGGCCCCAAGAACGGUUCUACUUCGAGCGUGUGCGGAGGUGUCCAUUGUCCCCGCGAGGCUCGGAGACUCAGAUCCCUCCUCCUCCUCUCUCUCCCUAUUUAUACUCCAUCAUCUCCUCCCUACUUCGCCUCUCCUCUUCCUCCAAUCUCUCGCCAUUGUCGCUACCUCCGUCGCCGGCGCCAUCCCAACGGUCUCCUCCCAGCUCCGCGCUCCCGAGCAGUGUAUUCAGUCAUGGAUGAGAAUGGGAACGCAACUACGCCAAAGAAACUCCACACAAGACUCAGAUUAUGGGAAUAUCCGGAAAAAUACAUCCUCGAGCCAGUAGAUGGUCUUGCUGAUUCAUAUCUGUCUAUUAGUCGGGCUGAUGGAUCUAUGAAGCUAAUAGGUGAGCUUCCACUGCAAGGUUCCGUUCACUCUGCAAGAGUUCAAACUAUUUAUGGCAUAAUUGGGGUGCUUAAACUUUUAGUAGGAUCAUAUCUAUUGGUGGUGAAGGAACGUGAAUGUGUUGGAUCUUACCUAGGACAUGCUAUUUUCAGAGUGUCAUCACUACAAGUUCUGCCGUGCAAUCAUUCACUGAAAACUUCGUCGGCUGAACAGAAAAAGAUGGAAUCUGAAUUUUCUACACUUUUAGAUGCUGCUCAUGGGACUUCUGGUCUGUACUUCUCAUAUGAUGUCAACUUAACACUUUGUUCCCAGAGGCUACACGAUUUAGGUGAUGAGUCGAAGCUACUUCCUCUUUGGAGACAGGCAGAGCCAAGAUUUCUUUGGAAUAAUUACAUGAUGGAACCUCUUAUUGAUAACAAACUUGACCAAUUCCUAUUGCCUGUCAUUCAAGGAAGUUAUCAGAAUAUUCACGCGAAAGUUGGGAACAAAAAUGUUGAUGUUUUCCUGAUUGCACGAAGAUGCACACGCAGGACAGGUACUCGGAUGUGGAGGAGAGGAGCUGAUUCAGAUGGUUAUGUUGCAAAUUUUGUUGAAACCGAACAAAUACUGCAAUCAAAUGGAUUUACAGCAUCUUUUGUUCAAGUUCGAGGAUCUAUACCAUUUUUGUGGGAACAAAUUGUUGAUUUAACAUAUAAGCCUCAUUUUGACAUUAUUAGUCGUGAGGAGGCGCCUCGCAUAGUUGAACGCCACUUUUUGGACUUACGAAAAAAAUAUGGAUCUGUCAUAGCUGUUGAUCUUGUCAAUAAGCAUGGUAGUGAGGGACGAUUGAGCCAGCGAUAUGCAGAUGCUAUUCAGCCUAUUCUUAGUGAUGAUAUACGCUACGUACAUUUUGACUUUCAUCGAAUUUGCGGUCAUAUCCAUUUUGAGCGUCUGUCUCUUCUUUAUGAUCAAAUUGAAGAUUACCUCACGGCGCAUAGAUACUUCCUGUUGAAUGAGAAUGGUGAGAAAAUUGAAGAACAGACAGGUGUUGUAAGAACCAACUGUAUUGAUUGUUUAGAUCGUACAAAUGUUACACAGAGUAUGAUUGGGAGAAAGGUGUUAGAAUGUCAGCUCAAGAAAAUAGGAGUUCUAGGUUCUGAUGAGGCCAUUAGUGAUUACCCUUCUUUUGAUGGAAGCUUUAAAGUUUUGUGGGCUAAUCAUGGAGAUGACAUAAGCAUCCAAUAUUCUGGAACUCCUGCUUUGAAGGGAGAUUUUGUGAGAUAUGGCAAGCGAACUAUUCAGGGAAUAGUAAAAGACGGAUGGAAUGCUCUGGCUAGAUACUAUUUGAACAAUUUUGCGGAUGGGACCAAGCAGGAUGCAAUUGAUCUUCUACAAGGACACUAUAUUGUGUCAGUGAGUCGAGAUUUUGCCCCUCCAGUCAAAGCAGGAAUUUUGGAGACUUAUGCGUCCUUUCGUCUGGCUUUAGCACUGGUUUUGGCAGGUCUUAUGUUUGCCAUGAUGUCACUUCGACAAGCCCGAAGUGAUGUUCGCCAUUUACUGUUAUCAUUUGUCUGGGCUGGGCUUAGUGUGGGCUUAGCAGCAUUUGUGAGAGCCAAUGGUCGGAUGUUCACCAAUCGUCCUCGCCUUUAUCGAUCGCGGCAUUGAUGACGCAUAGGCAAGAAGCAUAAGCUAAGGAAUCACACGUUCAAGUAACUCGUAACUCGUAACAUCUUUUGCAUGUAAAAUGAACCGAGGUUUUGAUGAUUUUGUGUCAUUUGCUUUAGAGAAUGUGAGUAUUUCUGAUUCAUUGGUAUUUGGGGGCAUGUCAGCUUUCCAUAAUUCUUGUGAUAAUAAUUUUUUGUUUUCUUUUUCAUUUCUCUGGUCUAUGGUGUAAUUACAAACAUAUCUUGUAUUUUAGUCAACGUGCAUUUUUCAGUGUGUUUUGCAA